AUGGCGCCAAAGGCUGACAAGAAACCCGCAGAGAAGAAACCAGCAGAAACCACCACCGCGGCGGCGGAGAAGAAACCAAAGGCCGGGAAGAAGCUCCCCAAGGAUCCCGCCGUGGCCGGAGACAAGAAGAAGAAGCGGUCGAAGAAGAGCGUGGAGACUUACAAGAUCUACAUCUUCAAGGUCUUGAAGCAGGUUCAUCCCGACAUCGGAAUCUCGAGCAAGGCCAUGGGGAUCAUGAACAGUUUCAUCAACGACAUCUUCGAGAAGCUUGCUGGUGAGUCUUCGAAGCUUGCGAGGUACAACAAGAAGCCGACGAUUACUUCCAGGGAGAUUCAGACGGCGGUGAGGCUUGUGUUGCCUGGUGAGUUGGCGAAACAUGCUGUCUCUGAGGGAACCAAGGCGGUGACUAAGUUCACGAGUUCUUAG